AAAACCUUCAGUCAUUCAUUUUUUGUUUAUGGAUGAGUAUAUUUUUUAAACCAGGUUUAAGUAUUUCUUAUUGAUCAACAGUCGUACGCCAUUAUGAUGUCAAAAGUGUUUGUUGCAAAUAUAAAACAUACAAAUAAAAUGUAACCAAAAGAUUAUCGAUGUUUUCAUGUUGCGAAAUAAUUACAAGUAUUACGGUAAAUUGCCAAAGUGGCGCGGUUAUCACCAAAAAUGAGCGUUGCCGUUGACGACUCACAGAUUAGGAGUUGAACUGUAGCAUCUUGAGUAAAGAUCAAACAGCCUCUUUUAUGCAAAUUCGUCCACUUUGUUCUUUGUCAAAUGGCCUGCGUCAUUCAAGGCGCCGUUUAUGACGAGUCGUGCGUGUGAAGCCGCAGCGCGCUUUUCUGUCCGGCUCCGUUAUGCCGGAACCCUAGCGCCCCCUUUCGCCGAGGUGGGCGCUCUCGGUAACUAGGCGCAGAUGGUCUACGGUGGUCUGGUGCUUCACCGCCGGGCGCCGACGCCGAACGGUCGCGCGUCCACCGGCCUUCGCCAUCCGCCCCCUCAUGGCGGCGUGAGCGAGGAUGCGAUUGCCCUGCUCCAUCUUGUUGACGGUGUCCCUGUCCACGGCCGAGAUCACUGCGGCGCUCUACCUGAGCUCCACUUACCAUUCGGCGGGGGACCGGGUCUGGCAGAUCCUCACCCUGCUCUUCUCGCUGGUACCGUCCAUGCUGGUGCAGUUCGCCCUCAUCUUCUUUCAUCGAGACCUGGGCAGGGACAGGCCCUUCAUCUUACUGCUGCACAUGCUACAGCUCGGACCCAUCGUCAGGUGUUUGGAGGCAUUCUGGACAUACGGCAGUGCGGGCCGUGUGGAGGAUCCCUAUGUCAGCAUCACCAGGAAGAAGCAGAUGCCAGUACAUGGCAGGCCUGAGAUGGUGGAGCGCCAGGUUGGCCAGGCCGAAGGCAAGCUAGUUACGCACCGGGCAGCCUUCGCGCGUACCGCAGUCAUGCAAGCGUUCCUGGGAUCAGCACCGCAGCUGACCCUGCAGCUGUACAUCUGCAUGCUGCAGCGAGGCAUAUCGAUCGGAAGAGGCACACUGAUGGCCAUCUCUUUGCUGUCCAUUGUGUACGGCGCCCUCCGCUGCAACAUCCUGGCCAUCAAGAUCAAAUAUGACGAGUACCAAGUGGUGAUGAGCCCGCAGGCCUACCUGUGUAUCUUCCUGUGGCGCACCUGCGAGAUCGCCAGCCGCGUAGCGGUGCUGGUUCUCUUUAGUUCGGUGCUGAAAAUCUGGGUCCUGCCCGUGGUUCUUGUCAACUUCCUGACUUUCUUCUUCUACCCGUGGAUCCUGUUUUGGAGGAGCCACUCGCCCUUCCCGCAGCACAUCGAGAAGACGCUGACCUACGUGGGCACCAGCGUUGUGUUGUGCAUGUUGACUUUCCUGUACGCCGGCAUCAAUGUCUUUUGCUGGUCAGCCGUGCAGGUCAAGCUCAGUGACCCCGACUUGAUCAACAAAUCCCAGAACUGGUACCGCAUGGUUGUGUACUACAUGAUGCGGUUCAUCGAGAACGCCUCGCUGUUGCUGGCCUGGUACUUCUACAGGACUGACCUCUAUGAGUUCAUGUGGGCGCCGUUGCUCAUUCUAGGGGUGCUUGGAGCUUACGUCGCCUGCAUUUUCUUCAUGCUGGUCUUCUACAAGAACUGCCACCCGUGUCGGCGACUCUUCGCCUCCAGCAUCAGCCAGGACGUCGGCGACUGCUGCACACUUCUGUGCCUGUCGUGCUCGUCCAACAGCCCGUCCGAUGUGCCGUCCGGGGAUGCACGGCCCCGUUUAUCAGUCGGGACAUCGGAGGACGCGUGUUUGGAUGUUCCCGAAAAUCGAGGAGGCGGGGCUUGACUGUUUUAAUUUAAUGGCUGUCGCUGGAUGGAUUUGACAUCUAUUGCAGUCAAUGAUAGCAAUGUUAACUUUUUCAGUGCCAUUAUCAUUCUGCUGUGAAUUUAAAUUAAUUCGUCAAUGAAUUAGUAGAUGUCCACUCCAUUUGAAAUGGGAGUGUUGGCUGAGAUUGAACAAAUGUUGAUUUGCUGCCAGCUCCCAGUUCAAUUAGAUUGGACGUUUAUAGCCGUCAAUGGCAGCCAGUAAGGUAAAGUCCUUAAUAUUUUCAAUGUUUACACCUCAUCACCUUUAUUCCAUUGGACAUUUCAUAUGAUCCUCACAAUCCUUGUAUUUCAUUUGUUCAAUACAUUAAAAAAUUAGCCAGCAACGGGAGGUGUUAGCAUUUUUCGUUCACUCCGUUUGAUUUUGAAUCUGAUUCUUACAUUGAAACAUUAAAUAUCAAAUUACAGGCCAUGAUCAAAUCCGCGUAUCAUUUCUUAUCUCAAAUUAAAACCAAAAUUAAUCAGAAUCCGGUGUUGUUAAAAUUUACUUUUCGAUAACGCCACAUUAGUUUACGAUUUGGAAUUUCAAAUGGAUUGAACGAAUGAUACACAAACUCGCGUGUUUUAAAACUUGCUUAACAAAAUGCUUUUUUUACUCAAACUCACAUAUCAAAUUCUUGACAGUUUUAAAACCAAAAAGCUAACCAAGUCACUCAUGCAUUUAUGAAUUUUCCAACACUCUUAAUUUCAGUAUAGAGAGUCCAAUCUACCAUUAACAUGAAGGUACGGUAAAUUGCAGUUUGAACCCAAAAGCCCAAUACAUUUUUUGUGUCUUUUUAAGUUUUUUGAAUUUUUGAGUUCUGAUUUUGCAGCGGAUUUGCACGAUACACAGCAUGUAUUUGUGAGGAGAAAUGACAUCUUCAUUAUAUUUUGCACAUUUAUGCAGUAAUACCCCCACUUUCCCCAUAAUUGACAUGCAGAUGUGUAAUGUGUGCAUGGAGUUAAUUUUUUUUCGACUUUUCUGCAGUCACUGAUUUCUGUUCAACUCGGCCGUGAAAGCUUUACAAAAUGUGCUGCUGCUGUUAUGAUGUACAGAUUUUGUCAUUGUGCUUGACUGACCUCUAGUGGUCAAAGGUAAAAUGAAUACAUUGGACUGAGAUCCAAAAAUAAAAAGAUGAUUAAAUGAAUAAUCAAGUGUCAGUAAAUGUUAUCUUAGU